UGGAGAAAAACUUAGAACACAGCUCAAAAUAAGAGGAACAAACUGAGCCAAAAGGUCUCAAAUUCGUUUUUUAAAUAGCAGAAUUAUUUGGCGUUUCUGUUUCUUUUUUUUUUUUUUUUUGGGGGGUGGGAGUGUCCAGACGCACGGUGCAGCAGACGUCCACGUUACGUCUCCAUUGACAGAUACGAGUCCUUUUAUUGAGUGGGUCUACACACUACUGCAAGGACUACAUUGGACUCUGGACUAAAGAUUUCCACUCCCGCGAAGGCAGGGGAUCGCUACAGCGCGUUUUUACUCGGAUUUUUCAGGUGGUGGGGACAGACGGGGUGCGGGCGAUGAUGGAGUCUGCCCUCACAGCCAGAGACCGUGUCGGGGUCCAGGACUUCGUGCUCCUGGAGAACUUCACCAGCGAAGCAGCUUUCAUCGAGAACCUGCGCAAACGCUUCAAAGAAAACCUUAUCUAUACGUACAUUGGCUCGGUGCUGGUGUCGGUGAACCCGUACAGAGACCUGGAGAUCUACACCAAGAACCACAUGGAGAGAUACAGAGGAGUCAACUUCUACGAAGUCUCCCCACACAUCUAUGCGGUGGCAGAUAACUCUUACCGCUCGAUGAGGACGGAGAGGAAGGACCAGUGUAUCCUGAUUUCUGGAGAGAGCGGAGCUGGAAAAACUGAGGCGUCCAAGAAGAUCCUGCAGUACUACGCUGUGACCUGCCCCGCCAGCGAUAAGGUCCAGACCAUCAAAGACCGUCUGCUCCAGUCCAACCCCGUACUGGAGGCUUUUGGAAAUGCCAAGACUCUGAGGAAUGACAACUCCAGUCGCUUUGGAAAAUACAUGGACAUCCAGUUUGACUUCAAGGGAGCCCCCGUGGGAGGACACAUCAUAAACUACCUCCUGGAGAAGUCCCGUGUGGUGCACCAGAACCACGGAGAGAGGAACUUCCACAUCUUCUACCAGCUGAUCGAGGGUGGAGAGGAGGACCUGCUCCGGAGGCUGGGGCUGGAGAGGAACACGCAGCAGUAUCAGUAUCUCAUCAAAGGAAACUGUCCCAAAGUGAGCUCCAUAAACGAUCGAAGCGACUGGAAAGUGGUGAAGAAAGCCCUCACGGUGAUUGGCUUCAAUGAGGAUGAAGUAGAGGAACUGCUGAACAUCAUUGCCAGCGUACUCCACCUGGGGAAUGUGCAGUACGGAGGAGAGGACGGCAUCGCCUCCAUCACCUCGGAUACGCAAAUCAAGUACCUGUCCCGGUUGCUGGGAGUGAACGGGGCUGUGCUGACAGAAGCUCUUACGCAUAAAAAGAUAAUCGCCAAAGGGGAGGAGUUGGUGAGCCCUCUGAACCUGGAGCAGGCCUCCUCCGCCCGGGACGCUCUGUCUAAAGCUGUGUACGGACGCACCUUCACCUGGCUCGUCAACAAGAUCAACGCUUCACUGGCCUAUAUGGAUGAUUCUUACAAGCACUACUCUGUGAUCGGCCUCUUGGACAUCUAUGGAUUUGAGGUCUUCCAAAACAACAGUUUUGAGCAGUUCUGCAUCAACUACUGUAAUGAGAAACUGCAGCAGCUGUUUAUUGAGCUCACCCUGAAGUCUGAGCAGGACGAGUACGAAGCUGAGGGCAUCACGUGGGAGCCGGUUCAGUACUUCAACAACAAGAUCAUCUGUGACCUGGUGGAGGAGAAGUUCAAAGGCAUUAUUUCAAUUCUGGACGAGGAGUGCCUGAGACCCGGAGACGCCAGUGACAUCACCUUUCUGGAGAAACUGGAGGACACAGUGGGAGGACAUCCGCACUUUGUCACGCACAAGCUGGCUGAUGGAAAGACCCGUAAGGUGAUGGGGCGAGAGGAGUUUCGACUGCUGCACUACGCUGGAGAGGUCAACUACAAUGUCAACGGAUUUUUGGACAAGAACAAUGACCUCCUUUUCAGAAACCUCAAAGAAGUUAUGUGUAUGUCUGAGAACAAGAUCCUGACUCAGUGUUUUGACCGAGAGGAGCUGAGCGACAAGAAAAGACCUGACACUGCGGCCACCCAGUUCAAAGCAAGUCUGGCGAAGCUAAUGGAGAUUCUGAUGUCUAAGGAGCCGUCGUACGUGCGCUGCAUCAAGCCCAAUGACUCCAAACAAUCAGGACGAUUUGAUGAGGUCCUGAUCCGGCACCAGGUCAAGUACCUGGGGCUGAUGGAGAAUCUCAGAGUGCGCAGAGCAGGGUUUGCCUACAGGAGGCGCUAUGAGAUCUUCCUGCAGAGAUACAAGUCCCUGUGUCCGGAGACGUGGCCCAACUGGCAGGGCAAACAGUCGGAUGGGGUGGCCACUCUGGUCAAACACCUGGGAUACAAACCAGAGGAGUACAAGCUGGGCAGAUCAAAGAUCUUCAUUCGUUUCCCAAAGACCUUGUUUGCCACUGAAGAGGCGCUAGAGACCAGAAAACACAGUCUUGCUACAAAGCUCCAGGCCGGAUGGAGAGGCUACAGCCAGAAGUCCAAAUACCAGAAACUCAGAAAUGCAGCUAUCGUGUUCCAGGCUUGUUGGAGAGGCAUUCUGGCUCGGAGGAGGGCCCAGCGCAGGAGACAGGCAUCUGACACCAUUCGCAGGUUCAUCAAAGGUUUCAUCUACCGCCACAAGGAGCGCUGUCCUGAGAACGAGUACUUUCUGGAUUAUGUGCGCUACUCUUUCCUCAUGAACCUCAGAAGAAACCUGCCCAAAAACGUUCUGGACAAGAGCUGGCCAACCCCACCCGCCGCACUCGUAGAGGCUUCAGAGCAUUUGAGGAAGCUGUGUAUGCAGAAUAUGGUGUGGAAUUACUGCAAGAGAAUCAGCCCUGAAUGGAAACUCCAGCUGGAGCAGAAGAUGGUCGCCAGUGAAAUCUUCAAAGAUAAAAAGGACAACUACCCACAGAGCGUGCCCAAACUGUUCGUCAGCACCAGACUCAGUGGAGAGGAAAUUAACGCCAAAGCGAUUCAGAGUCUGGGCAGUGAGAAGAUGAAGUACGCAGUGCCAGUCACCAAAUACGACCGAAAAGGCUACAAGCCUCGACGCCGGCAGCUGCUGCUCACCAGCAACUGCGUCAUUAUUGUUGAGGAGGGCAAACUGAAGCAACGCAUCGACUAUGGAGCCUUAAAGGGUAUCUCAGUCAGCUCCCUCAGCGAUGGACUCUUUGUUUUGCACGUGCCCAGUGAUGACAACAAGCAGAAGGGAGACGUGAUUCUGCAGUGUGAGCAUGUGAUCGAGACUUUGACCAAACUCGCCAUUUGCGGAGAGAAAGUGAACAACAUCAACAUCAACCAGGGCAGUAUAAAGUUCACUGCGGGUCAGGGUAAAGAGGGAAUCAUAGACUUCACUCCUGGGUCUGAGCUUCUGGUGGCCAAGGCCAAGAACGGGCACCUGUCUGUGACUGCUCCCCGACUGAACUCCAGAUGAUGUGGACCACAGCGCUCCGUCCGGGACUAACCUCCUCCCUCGUCCAAUCGGGACUGCGGACUGCUCUGCCUUAGCCAAUCAGAAACCAGCUGUCCUCUCAAUAUCACAGCACACGCUUCCAAUACGAAAACUCCAGCGAGACUAAUUGAAAUAUUUAUGUUUCUAUAUUAUAUUUUUGAGAUUAAUAAUGUUUUGAAUAUACUGAUUUUAUACGCAAAGCCAAGGAAUAACAAAAGUGUGGGUGCGUUGCACCUUUUUGAUUUGUGCGCUUUUGGGGUAAUAUUUGGUUAAAGGUACACCGUGUAACUUUCCUGGUGGAGGGUCCGGCAAGUGCUUGUUUCCAUGGAGAUGCCUUGGCGUUGUAGCGUCAUUUGCCAUUUGUUUCUUUGGCAGUGGAUACGUUUAAUACAGCGCUGUAAAAAAUUCCAGGCAAAACAAAGUGACAGGUCAGAUCUGUGGAGAGAAUGAGUGUUUUUAAGGUAUUUUUGAGCACUAAAAAUACCUCUAAAUGUAAGAUAUGUUUUAUUACAUACUGUAGAAUGUUCCAGGCAAAGCAGUAACAUUUCCAUGGAGACCCUUUACCUGAAAAGUUACACCGUGCACCUUUCAGACAGGACCAAAAACCAUUCGAUUUCACCCUAAUUUGAAACAACGCAUUUAAAAGUUGUUGAUGACGAUUGGGACUGCCUUUUUGUUCCUGUUUACGAUUAUAAUCACCACUGUACUAUGGGUUAAGCAUGUCGAAGCAUCGAGAUAGGUAGGUUUUAUCACUGAAUGUAUUGAAAGAAGGGGAAAAAGGCAAGCGAUGAACAUGUUUUUUAAAAAGAAAUGCACAGAAAGUGAAGAGAGGAUACAGGUUGAGGGUAGAAUAAUAAGUAGGAAAGAUGGUACAGCAGUGAUUUGAAAGAAAACUAAUUUAUUCUUAACAAUGUCCAGUGAGCUGGCAAAUGAACAUUACGAACAAAAUAAGCAGGCUAUCUUUGUUAACCUAAUUGUUGCGUGCUUGCUUAAACUUUGGCACAGUGCAAUAGGCCUAUGUUAUGGUCUAAAGUUGACCCAGAGUGGUGAUAAGGCGAAACUACUUGCAAUACUUUCCCUGAUUUACUUCAACAUCAUAAAUCAACUCAUGCUUGUAUCUUUUGUUUUUAAAUGGUCUGUAUGACGCUAUUUUCUGAUCUGUUGUAAUGUUUUUUCCUCAUCACAGACAGACAUGGAGUUGUGUUUUGUUUCAUUUACACAAAUCAAGUUCUUCUCUCAAACAGAAAACAUUCACGCAAGACAGUAAGUGCUCCACUGUAUUUUUAAACUCCAUAUAACUUCACUAGAUUCAUUUGGAUCAUUUCAGCUCUGGAGUUGUCAAUCUCUACUGAACGAAAGGUAAACAAAAACUUAACAACUUCGACUUUAUGACAUCACAAGUUGGAACAAAGCAUUCUGAACUUUGGAGACACUGACAGACUACUAAUAAAGGGUUACUCAAACGUGUGAAUGGAACAAAACACAACUCCAGGUAUGUUUUUGACGAAGUAACAGCAUUAUAACAUGACUUAAAGCUCACAAGAGUCACAUUUUGUGCAAUAUAGGACCUUUCACUUGUAAAGCCAAAACAUAACUUAUGCCUGAAUAACGCCAUGAAAAUGCCAUAAAAAAAAAUAUAGCUAGCCAAAUAUGUGCUCUAAGCAGGAAAAAUAAUCUUAUAAUUCACUUUCCAUUUCAAAUCAUUGUACAUGUCGAGGGCUGCAAGGCGAACUGACCACUAUCUCGGAUGUAGUCCACCUAAGGCCCAUAGUUUUAUUUCUAUUUCUAUAUCUUCUAUUAUAUUGGUUCAUCAUGCCUUUUAUGGUCUAAACAACAAAUGAGCAAUCAAAUAAUCUUAUUGUUUAGCACAUUUUUUACAUUUCAAAUUUAUCUUUCAAAUGCUCAGGUUUAGAACUGAUCUUACAUUUAUAAAACUAAACAAAAAACAAAAAAAAAACCCUCACAACUUUCAUUUUUACGCCAAAUAUUGUAACAUAAUUCUUUAAAAGUGCAUAGUGUAACUUUUGUCAUGGAGGGUCAGCUACCAGCUUGUCACCAUGGAGAUGUUAUUGCUUUGCUUGGUAUGUCCCACAGUAUGACUUUAAGCAUAUCUAUUCCCAUGGUAACGCCACCCACCAGGCCAAGUUACAGGUCAGAUCUGUGGAGAUGUCACCCUGCUUUCAGUUUUUGUUGAACUUGAGAGUAAUAAAAACAUCUGUAGUUGUAUUGAACGUAAGAUUUAAGUUGAAUGUCAUACUAUGGAACAUUCAAGGCAAAGCAAUACCAUCUCCUUGGAGACAAGCAAGUGGUAAAAGCUCCACUGCAAAAGUUCCACAGCACACCUUUAACUCCUGUCUGCUUUUUGCUCUAAGUGAGAAGACGGUGCAAUAAAUUGAAAACCGUGCUUGUUCUGCACUUACACGUUUUUUUAGCCAAAGAAGCAACGUUGAUUCUUUGUGAUUCUGUAAAAUUUGUGCUAUUUUUUGAGUUGAAUGUCGUUUUUUUUUUUUUUUUUCAGGAGGGAUUUGUAAAUGUAUAGUUAUAAAUGAGAGACUCAAGCCAAGUAAGGUUUGGGUAUGUUAAAAUUUUGGGGUGGAAAAAAAGUUUAAGUAUUGUUUAAUGUUAACCUUUUUAUUCUGUGCCUUUUUGAAUUGCAAUGUUUGUAAGGGAUCAUAAGAGAAAUACCUCCUUCCUUUGUAAAUAAGCUUUAACCAAAUCAUAAUAACAUAUUUCAAGCACUCUUCUGUCAUUACUGUAUCGUUAUGCAGACACACUAAGAAAUACUAAAGAUCUGAACAAUAAAUCUGAGACUAUAAGACUCAUA